AUGGCAGCCGUGGACAAAGACGUGGCUGAGAAGUUUCUGGACAGCAACCCUGACUUUGCCAAGCAGUACUACGAUACCAAGUUCCGCCCGAAGGUCAUCUCGGACCUUUUCAAAGACAACAAGACUUCCCAGGUGAACACCAGCAGCUUCCACGAGCUGAGCACAGUGGAGGAGAGUGAGAUCAUAUUUGACAUGGUCAGAGACCUGCAGGACAACAUCCAAAUGGAGAAGGCUAUCUUCAACUUCAUGAAACAUCUCAGCUUCAUGAUACGGUCAGAGAAGAUGAGCCUGUUCAUGUACCGGAUGCGUAACGGCACGGCCGAGCUGGCCACGAGACUCUUCAACGUGCACAAGGACGCCACCUUGGAGGAGUGCCUGGUCCAGCCAGACAGUGAGAUAGUCUUUCCUAUGGACAUCGGCAUUGUGGGCCAUGUGGCCACCACAAAGAAGACUGUCAACAUCCCAGAUGUCUCAGAGAGCAGCCACUACAGUGACUUUGUGGACCAGAUCCAAGAAUACCAGACCAAGAGUGUCUUGGCUACCCCCAUCAUGAACGGCAAGGACAUGGUGGCUGUUAUGAUGGCUGUGAACAAGAUUGGAGCUCCACACUUCACUAAGCAGGAUGAGGAGACUCUGUUGAAGUAUCUCAACUUUGCCAACCUGAUCCUAAGAGUGUUCCAUUUGAGCUACCUUCACAACUGUGAGACCAGAAGAGGACAGGUCCUGCUCUGGUCUGCCAGCAAAGUGUUUGAGGAGAUGACAGAUAUUGAGAGACAGUUCCACAAGGCCCUCUAUACCAUCAGGGAGUUCCUUAACUGUGAACGUUACUCUGUUGGCCUCCUGGACAUGACCAAGACUAAGGAAUUCUAUGACCUUUGGCCUGUGCUAAUGGGAGAAGUGCCUCAAUACGAUGGACCCAAGACUCCUGAUGGCAGAGAAAUAAACUUCUACAAAGUGAUUGACUACAUUUUACAUGGAAAAGAGGAGAUCAAAGUUUUACCCAACCCUGCUCCGGACCACUGGGCUCUGGUCAGUGGCCUGCCCACCUACGUGGCUAAGGAGGGACUGAUCUGUAACAUUAUGAACGCGGCACAAGAUGACUUCUUCAGCUUCCAAAAAGGGCCCGUGGAUAGCUCCGGCUGGAUCAUUAAGAACGUCCUGUCCCUCCCCAUCGUGAAUAAGAAAGAGGAAAUAGUUGCAGUAGCCACCUUCUACAACAGGAAAGAUGGGAAACCCUUUGACGAGCAGGAUGAAACUCUGAUGGAGUCUCUCACCCAGUUCCUUGGCUGGUCUGUGCUCAACACAGACACCUAUGACAAGUGGAACAAGCUGGAGAACAGGAAGGACAUCUUCCAGGACAUGGUGCUGUACCACAUCAAGUGCAGGACGGAUGAGACCCAGAAUGUAUUGAAUACCAGGGAUAGGUAUGGAAAGGAACCACAUGAGUGUGAGGAGGUGGAACUGGAAGCAAUCCUGUCGGAAGUUCUACCACCCUCUUCCAAGUCGGAGCUCUUUGAGUUUCACUUCUGUGACUUUGAGCACAGUCAUCUCGACCUGGUCAAGUUAGGCAUUAAGAUGUACUAUGAGUUGGGAGUGGUGGACAAGUUCCACGUCCCCCGUGAGACCCUCACCAGGUUCUGUUACUCCCUCAGUAAGGGCUACAGGCAGAUCACCUACCACAACUGGAGUCAUGGCUUCAACGUGGGCCAGACCAUGUUCACUCUGCUGAUGACAGGUGACCUGAAGCGUUACUACACAGAGCUAGAGACCAUGGCCAUGGUAACAGCCGGCUUAUGCCACGAUGUCGACCACAGAGGCACCAACAACCUCUACCAGAUGAAGUCUGGAAACCCUCUCGCAAAGCUCCACGGUUCCUCCAUCCUGGAGAGACACCAUCUGGAGACUGGGAAGACCCUGCUGAGAGACCCUGCCUUAAAUAUUUAUCAGAAUCUCAGUCGUGCUCAGCACGAGCAUGUCAUUCAUCUGAUGGACAUCGCCAUCAUCGCCACUGACCUCGCUCUCUACUUUAAGAAAAGAACCAUGUUCCAGAAGAUCGUGGACCAAUCGAAGACCUACGAGACCUGGGAUGAGUGGACCAAGUACAUGACGCAGCAGACCACUCGCAAGGAGAUAGUCAUGGCUAUGAUGAUGACGGCCUGCGAUCUGUCUGCUAUUGCCAAACCAUGGGACAUCCAGAGCAAGGUGGCGCUGUCUGUGGCUGCAGAGUUCUGGGAGCAGGGUGACCUGGAGAGGACUGUACUGGAACAGCAGCCUAUUCCCAUGAUGGACAGGACUAAGUCAGCUGAUCUUCCCAAGAUGCAGUGUGGUUUCAUCGAUUUUGUCUGUGCUUUUGUGUACAAGGAGUUCUCCCGUUUCCAUGUGGAGAUCACUCCCAUGCUGGACCGGCUGCUGAACAACAGGAAGGAGUGGAAUGCUCUGAAGGAGAUACACGAAGCUAAGCUGGCUGCUCUGGAGGAGGCCAAGACAGUCAAGGAGGAGGCAGCUGUUACAGCCACUGCAGCCAAGCAGGCGAGUGCAGCUGAAGCAGCGCCCCAGUCAAAGACCUGUGUUGUCAACUAGACUUGAGACAUAACAGUCCUGGACCAAAGUGACUGUACCAAGACAGGAGUAUUACGUUCCUGUACCAGAUAUCGGUGUACUAGAGCUGGUUAGCAUUAGCCUAGCGUAGCCUUACAGUAUGCUGAACUUGAGCCGGUUAGCAUUAACUUAGUAUACCCUUACAGUAUACUGAACAAGAGCCAGUUAGCAUUAGUUUAGCAUAGACUUACAGUAUACAUAACUCGUACCAAUUAGCAUUAGCUUAGCAUUACAGUAUACAUAACUAGAGCCGGAUAGCAUUAGCUUAGCAUAGCCUUACAGUAUACUGCACUGUGCUGUACAUUGACCUAUAUAUGGUACCAAGCCAGAGGAUCCACAGGAUGAAGCAGUUCAUGGACAAAUUCAAACACAGCCCAUUCCUGUGCAACAAAUGUAAAUAUUUAGGUAUUUUAUUGGAAUUUACCAUGUACUUACACACUCAUUAAUUUGGCAAUGUGAAAUUGACUUCCUUAGAAAUACGGAAUUCAGUUAGCAAAAAAAGGUUGGGUAUCAUUUCCAUAGGCUAAACAUACACUGUAUUCUGAAAGUAUUCAGACCCCUUGACUUUUGCCACAUGUUGAUAUGUUACAGACUUAUUCUAAAAUGUUUAAAAUUACAUGUUUUUCCUCAUUAAUCUACACAAAAAUGUCUACAGCAUUGAAGGUCCCCAAGAACACAGUGGCCUCCAAAAUUCUUAAAUCGAAGAAGUUUGGAACCACCAAGACUCUUCCUAGAGGUGGCUGCCCGGCCAAACUGAGCAAUUGGGGGAGAAGGGCCUUGGUCAGGGAGGUGACCAAGAACCCGAUGGUCACUCUGACAGAGUUGCAGAGUUCCUCUGUGGAGAUGGGAGAACCUUCCAGAAGGACAACCAUCUCUGCAGCACUCCACAAAACAGGACUUUAUGGUAGAGUGGCCAGACGGAAGCCACUCCCCAGUAAAAGGCACAAGACAACACGCUUGGAGUUUGCCAAAAGGCACAUUAAGACUGUCAGACCACUCUAUUUGGGACAAGUCUCUGAAUGUCCUUGAGUGGCCCAGCCAGAGCCCGGAUUGAACCCAAUCAAACAUAUCUGGAGAGAGCUGAAAAUAGCGACACUUCCCAUCCAACCUGACAGAGCUUGAGAGGAUCUGUAGAGAAGAAUGGGAGAAACUCCCAAAAUACAGGUGUGCCAAGCCUGUAGGGUCAUACCAAAGAAGACACGAGGCUGUAAUCACUGCCAAAGGUGCUUCAAUAAAGUACCGAGUAAAGGGUCUGAAAACUUAUGUAAAUGUUAUAUUUCAGUUUUUAAAUUUAAUACAUUUGCAAAAAUGUUUCAACAGUUUUUGCUUUGUCAUUAUGGGUUAUUGUAUGUAGAUUGAUGAGGGGAAAAAAACAUUUUAUCCAUUUAAGAAUAAGGCUGUAAC